AUGAAAGUUUAUAAAACCAAAGAUUUACUUUGUUUGUUUAACUUUCUUGCUAAUGAUUACCUAAAAAGUGAGUUGGCAAUAUGUAAAACUUCUGAAAAGCAAAGGUGGCAAUAUGCAAAUACUCUUAUAGUCAAAAAUAAAGCCAAAGAAAAAGAGCAAACUAUAUCUGAUAAAAAAGAGAAAGAUUCAAUUAAGCUAUUAACUUUUAGAUCCUAUCAACUUAAAGAAAGUAAAUCAGGAUAUACAGAUUCUGAAAGUUCAGGUCCACAAAACCAUUUAGACUAUGAAAAGGAAUUAUAA